CGCGGUGGAGCGUGCUGCGGUAGUCGCAGACGAGUGCUACUGGAAGGCUCUUUGCCCCAGGCUGCAUGUUGGUUCAGAAGACAUGCGGCGCUUGCUUGCAGAUGCAAUCAUCGACCCCGAGGCUGAUUUGGUUGACGAGCUGCGCGACCGCAUGACGCAGGAUGGCUACUGGGACGUAAGCCACGACGCUUUGCGCGAGGAUGGUUCAGUGCACUUGAGCUGGGCGGUGAACGUAGAAGCGAUGGCCGAAGGGAUGACGCUACUAACCAAAGCUGGAUGGCCACCCAGCUUCUUGCUCAUGUACGAUGACCCGUGGCUCCUCGCUCAUCAGCUGAAGCAUCUGAUCCGCAUGACCUCGGGCAACCAGAUGCUGUACGACUUUGCGUUCUUCAACGUGGGCUCCAACCUCACGCCCACCGGAGAGGCGGACGAAGUCGACGGACCAUCGAGCCGCGGAUGGGCGCCGCACCGAGACCGAGGCCAGGAUGCGACCAAGACCGCUUUUCGGAGCGACGGCACCCCCCAAUACUGUACGACGUGGGUGGCGCUCACGGACGCCACCACUUACUCUUCCUGCCUCGCUUGCGUGCCUAAGCGCUACGACCCUGGUUACAGCGGCGGUGACGGCGGCCAUGACCCGAUGACCGCGAUCUUCAAGGCUUCAGGGAGCAACGCAUUGCAGUACAUUAGAGCGUUGCCCGUGAGCGCAGGAUCGAUCAUCCAGUUCUCUCACCGGCUGCUCCACUGGGGCACAGCCGCGGCCGGCAGCACCGCGUGGAGGCAGCAGGCUCCGCGCAUCGCCAUGUCGUUCGCCAGCGCCGAUGCGAGGUUCGAGCAGCCCUUCCUCUCCGAGGACGCGUCGCGCUGUCCACUGCCAGCCGUGUCCACACGCGCUGGCCUCGUCGCGGGCCUUGCCAUAUUUUAUAUCGGCAACGAGAAUCCCGGUCAAUGGCGAACGCGGCUGUACUGGGACUGCUUCCGCGCGAGCCAGUGCCAGGGUUGCUUCACCGAGCGUUUCGCCACGAUUGUCGCGCAGAAUUUUCAAGCGAGUGAGGCAGUGAGGAGGUCCAGUGAGAACAGAAAAAUGAAUCGUGCAAGUGACUACAUUCAGAUGCCAAUAUCAUAA